AUGGAUAGGCGUGAUCAGAACGUCAAACUCGACUAUACGUUUCUGGAGGGUGAUUCGGAUGAAGAGCUUAGUCCUCCGGCAUUGAGCACGUACGCGCUAUCGUUGCUAGAGGAGGGGAAAGAAAAGGUCAGGGAGUCUUUUCGAGGGCCUCUGACGGUCACUACAAACUCUGCUGGUCAUUCUACGACACAAUCACCCACUUCGAAAGUAGUAUCGCAUUCCAUUGGUCGAUCAGGCCGAGUCAGACAUUCUAGAUUAAAGGCCAAAUUGGAUCUUGGUGCCCCAAGAAGAGUGUCUGAUAACUCCUCGAGGGAGUAUUCUACAUACGGGAUAUCUGCACAUGCGACCCCAUCAUACACAUCGUUGACAAAACUAAGCAGUGUGAAUACUGACACAAAGGCUAGUAGUGUAAAGGCACGCAAAAGAUCCUUGGUGGUGACUCCCAAGCACGUUAAAACGGGCUACUCUCCUGUAGUUAAGCGUUCCGAUUCCAGUUCCACUCCAUAUAAUAGAGACGGAAUACUUGAUAUAGAGGAGUUAAGUGUUACUCCUGUGAAAGUUGGUCACGGCGCAUCUAUGGAUGAGAUGUAUGAUACCCCAGAGCAGGUCAGAAGAGCGUUGACUCCAUUGUCUGAGAAUCGGCAAAAUCUGAUCGAUGUUUGGGGAAGUCCUAAAAUGUUGAAUAAGGACCAUAAGAGUGUCAAUUGGAAGGAUGAUAAGGGCUAUGGCUCCUCUCCAGCUCAUUUCAAGCAGGUACUUGAACAAGAACUUAGAAAGCAACGAGAGCAGAUCCUAAAAGAAGUUAGAGAACAGCAUGAAAAGGAAGACCAGCAGAGAGAAACAUAUUUGCUACAAAGAUCUGAGAAAGAACAUAAGAAAUGGUUGGACGAGAUAAGGACUAGAGAUAGUGUUUCUUCGACUGUGCCGCAGGUUUCUCAGACUGCCUCGUCGGAUGUUAUCUGCGUGAAGACACAGGCAUUUAAAUUGGAGCAAGAAAUCGGUAAAGGAGGUUCUUCCAAAGUGUACAGAGCCAAAAGAAUCACCAAGGGGUCUCAUGGUGUUAUGGACUAUGCAAUCAAAGUGGUGAAGUUUGAUCAACAUGACCAGGCUACCAUCAGUGAGUUUAAAGGAGAAGUGAAGAUGCUCAAAAAGUUGAAAGACGAGGAAAGAGUGGUCGAAUUGAAGGAUUUUGAGCUGAAACCAACAUCAUUGGUUAUGGUGAUGGAAUGUGGAGAGAUCGAUUUGGCCCAGAUUCUGCAGGCAAGAGCCUCUAAGCCUUUUGAUCUUGAGUUUGUUAGAUAUCAUACCCGAGAGGUGUUCAAAUGUGUUAAAGCAGUUCAUGAGGCAGGUGUAGUUCACUCCGAUUUGAAGCCUGCAAAUUUCUUGUUUGUUCGUGGAACCUUGAAGCUCAUUGAUUUUGGUAUUUCGAACUCGCUGUCCGAUGAGACUGUCAACAUUUAUAGAGAUUGUCAGAUGGGGACUCCUAACUAUAUGGCUCCAGAGACUUUGACGGUAUCAAAUACUAGUGCUGAUCAUUCUUCUGGUGAUUCAGGCGUCUGGAAAGUGGGUAAACCUGCAGAUAUAUGGUCUUGUGGUUGUAUUAUUUAUCAGAUGUGCUAUGGAAAGCCUCCAUACUCAGGUUAUCCAGGACAUAAAAAGAUUUUGGCCAUUACCAAUCCAAAGAUUGACAUCACAUACCCCAGAAUGUCAUCGAAUGGAGGACCUCUUAUUGAUAGGCUGGUGCUGGAUACUAUGCAACGAUGCUUGAAGAGAGAUCCAGCACAGAGAGCUACCGCUACAGAGCUUCUCUCGAUGCCGUUCUUAAACCCAAAAGUAGUGACACAGACGUUUAUGGGAGACCUGGUAAGGAAUGCUGUGCAAUUUGGCUUGAAUAAUCCCGGAAUCAGCGAUAGAAAGGUAGAGAAGCUAGUUGAAAACAUAUGGAACAAAGUUGAUGAGUAUUGUUAG